GCAAAAAUUAUGCUUCUGCAGGCUGUUGAUCAUAAAUAAAAUAAUUUCACGAUUACAUGUGAGGUGUAUUUGCCAUUAGACAUGUGAAGCCUGUAUUUGAAAGCUGAAAUGAGAUGCAAUGCAUGCUGGCGAGAAGUAGAAGGACGAGCGGUUUCCACUACAUGUGGUCAUCUGUUGUGUACGGAUGAUGCCAAUAAGAUAUUGAGUAACGAUGGAGCAUGCCCAAUCUGUGAUCAAGUACUUUCAAAGAGCCUCAUGAAGCCUGUAGAUAUCAAUCCCAACGACGAAUGGAUAAAUAUGGCCAUGGCUGGAAUAUCUCCACAGAUAUUGAUGAAGAGUGCAUACAGAAGUGUGAUGUUCUACAUUGGCCAAAAAGAACUGGAGAUGCAAUUUAAGAUGAACCGGAUUGUUGCUCAAUGCCGGCAGAAAUGUGAAAUGAUGCAAGAGAAGUUUACAGAAAAAUUAGAGCAGGUUCAUACGGCUUACCAAAAAAUGACCAAGAGAUGCCAGAUGAUGCAGCAGGAAAUCGAGGUCUUAACCAAGGACAAUCAAGAACUCCAGGAAAAAUUUGCUGAAAAAUCCAGGCAGAAGAGAAAAUUAGAUGAAAUGUAUGACCAACUAAGGAGUGAGUUUGAGUCAGUGAAGCGGUCUGCCAUACAGCCUGCAAGCAACUAUUAUAACAGAAAUGAUAAUGAUUUGUUCUCUAAUCCACCUAACAUUAUGGAUGAGAGACAAACUGGCAGAAAAGGUCUGCUGGUAUUCACUCCUGACACUCCAGGGCCAAAAGAGGAUGUGUGGCCUGCAAGACAGAAUAGCAAUAACUCUGGUGGCCGCUUUGAUAUCUCUAUUGGCUCACCGGCUAAACAAGCAGUCAGUCCAGGGAAUGCAGGGAACAGAAAGGUUGGUGCUCACCCAGUUUUUGGAGCUGGUGGCACAAGCAACCCUUCAAUGAAUCUGAGGAACUUGAUACUUUCUCCAAUAAAGCGGCCUCAGCUCUCACGUAACCGGCCCCAAUUAUUCACGUGA